AUGACAGGGCUGCUGAGCCACCGACCGACAGCGAACCCGGGUCGCCUGGAUCCUAGGUUGAUUCUCAACCGCGGAGCCACGCCCGGCCGGGCAGCUCUCACUGUCUUAAACGAAACUCCCGACUACAGGUCCAUCCUGAGCAUUAGUGACGAGGCAGCCAGGGUGCGAGCCCUGGAUGAGCACCUGAGCACGCGUAGCUACGUACAGGGCUACUGUCUGUCCCAGGCAGACGUGGAGGUGUUCAGGCGGCUCUCGGCCCCCCCUGCAGACACGUGUCUCUUCCACGUGGCCCGCUGGUUCAGGCAUGUAGAAGCCGUCCUGGGCAGCCCCCGUGGCGCAGGCCAGCCUGGUGAGCUCCAAGCAAGUAAAGGCCGACGGGUGCAGCCUCCGUGGUCGCCUCCAGCCGGAUCGGAGCCAUGCAAGCUGCGCCUGUACAACAGCCUCACCCGGAAUAAGGACGUGUUUAUACCUCAGCACGGGCGGAGAGUGACAUGGUACUGCUGUGGGCCCACGGUCUACGACGCGUCUCACAUGGGGCACGCCAGGUCCUACAUCUCCUUCGACAUCUUGAGGAGAGUGCUGAGGGAUUACUUCAAGUUCGACGUGUUUUACUGCAUGAACAUCACCGACAUCGACGACAAGAUCAUCCGGAGGGCCCGGCAGAACUACCUGUUUGAGCAGUAUCGGGAGAAGCAGCCCCGGGCUGCCCAGCUCCUGGAGGACGUGCCCGCGGCCCUGAAGCUGUUCUCGGUGAAACUGAGCGAGACCACGGAUCCCGACAAAAAGCAGAUGCUGGAGCGCACCCAGCAGGCGGUGCAGCGCGCCCUGGAGCCGCUGCGGGAGGCCGUGCGCGCCGGCCGGUGUUGGUCUUGGUCCCAGGCCAUCCACCCGGGCGCGUGGCCCUGGGAGAUGGUAGUUGCUCCGAGCAGGGUCAGGGCUGUGCGUGGCGUGUCUUUGACGGAGGCCGGUGGACGCACUGGAGGCGAUCCUCUGAAGCAUGUGCACAUGUGGACACUGCUCCUGUCCCUCCAGGUGCUGCUAGAAGAGGCAAAGGACUUGCUCUCUGACUGGCUGGACUCCACCCUGGGCAGCGAGGUGACCGACAACUCCAUUUUCUCCAAGCUGCCCAAGUUCUGGGAAGGGGAGUUCCACAAGGACAUGGCGGCCCUGAACAUUCUCCCCCCUGACGUCUUGACCCGGGUCAGUGAGUACGUGCCAGAGAUCGUGCGCUUCGUCCAGAAGAUCGUGCACAACGGUUAUGGCUACGUUUCCAACGGGUCCGUCUACUUUGAUACGGUGAAGUUUGCUUCCAGUGACAGGCACUCCUACGGGAAGCUGGUGCCCGAGGCCGUGGGGGAUCAGAAGGCCCUGCAGGAGGGGGAAGGCGACCUGAGCGUCUCGGCCGACCGCCUGAGCGAGAAGCGGUCCCCCAACGACUUCGCCCUGUGGAAGGCCUCCAAGCCGGGAGAGCCAUCCUGGCCGUCCCCGUGGGGAAAGGGGCGCCCGGGAUGGCACAUCGAAUGCUCCGCCAUGGCAGGCACCCUCCUGGGAGCCUCGAUGGACAUCCACGGAGGUGGCUUCGACCUCCGGUUCCCCCACCACGACAACGAGCUGGCACAGUCGGAGGCCCACUUCGAAAACGACUGCUGGGUGCGGUACUUCCUGCACACGGGCCACCUGACGAUCGCCGGCUGCAAAAUGUCCAAGUCCCUCAAGAACUUCAUCACCAUCAAGGAUGCCCUGAGGCAGCACUCGGCCCGGCAGCUGCGCCUGGCCUUCCUCUUGCACGCCUGGAGGGACACCCUGGACUACUCGGGCAACACCAUGGAGUGCGCCCUGCAGUACGAGAGGUUCCUGAACGAGUUUUUCUUAAACGUGAAAGACGUCCUUCGCGCCCCUGUGGACAUCACCGGCCAGUUUGAAAAAUGGGAGGAGGCGGAAGCAGAGCUAAAUGAGAGCUUCUACAGCAGGAAGGCCGCGGUGCACGAAGCCCUCUGCGACAGCGUGGACACGCGCGCCGCCCUGGAGGAGAUGCGGGCCCUGGUCAGCCAGUGCAACCUGUACAUGGCCGCCCAGAAGGCCGCGCGGAGGCGGCCCCGCAGGGCCCUGCUGGAGGGCAUCGCCCUGUACCUCACCCACAUGCUGAAGAUCUUCGGGGCCAUAGAGGAGGAGAGCUCCCUGGGCUUCCCUGUUGGAGGACCUGGAAGCAGCCUAAAUCUCGAGGGCACAGUCAUGCCGUACCUGCAGGCGCUGUCGGAGUUCAGGGAGGGAGUGCGGAAGAUUGCCCGCAAGAAGAAGGUCCCCGAGGUCCUGCAGCUCAGUGACGCCCUGCGGGACGACGUCCUGCCCGAGCUGGGGGUGCGGCUCGAAGACCAUGAAGGACUGCCCACUGUGGUGAAGCUGGUGGACAGAGAAACCCUACUGAGAGAGAGGGAGGGAAAGAAAAGGGUUGAGGAGGAGAAGAGAAAGAAGAAAGAGGAGGCGGCCAGGAGGAGGCAGGAGCAGGAGGCUGCCAAGCUGGCCAAGAUGAAGAUCCCGCCCAGCGAGAUGUUCUUGUCAGAAAGUGACAAAUACUCCCGGUUCGAUGAAAGCGGCCUGCCCACGCACGACACAGAAGGCAAGGAGCUGAGCAAGGGCCAAGCCAAGAAGCUGCGGAAGCUCUUUGAGGCUCAGGAGAAGCUGUACACGGAGUAUCUGCAGAUGGUGCAGAAUGGGAGCCUCCAGUGACCACGGGGACUGUGCUCAGCCUGAGCCAUCUGCGAGCUGAGCCAUCGGCUUCGCUUGAUCGGCGCCGAUGGGGACAGUGCCUGUGCUCUGCUCUGUUUACUGGGGCCCUCGGCCCUGAAUUCUGUCCCGGGCAUGCCGUCACUGUCCUUCACUGGACCCGAGACGCCAGUAAUAAAGUCUUCCCCACUGCCAG